GAUAAAGCAUUACAAGUUAAUAUUCGGGAUAACUUAUUAAAAAUAUUAGACAUUACAGAAAAGUUACUAAAAAUGGUUCAAGAAAAAAAAUUAACAAGUUUUGGAAGAGAAGAAUUAGUAGAUGUUUUUUUAAAAGCUGAAAAUAAAAAUACCAAAAGCAAAAACUUAUCAUUAUUGUGGACAGAAGACAAGGUUGCUCCAUAUAAGCUACUAAUUUCUACUUGA